GAGUUGCGCUGCUGUAUACACUGUGACCCAGUAGCGUUAGUCACGAUUGAGUGAUUCGCACAGUCGAUUGACACAGGAUACUUCGUUGCCUCGUAAAUAACAUUUAGCCGCCAGUCCGCUGAGUAUGUGAUCAUUGCUCGUUUUAAGGCGGUCUGCAGCCUGAAAAGUGAAGUAGCUACGCGUUCCGUAAUGUGAGCGUGAUCUGCGCGAGCUCUCCGUUUUACGUGUCGAAACAUAACCUGUCGUUUCGCGGAUUCGCGAUCCGUUUGACGUUCGGCGGAAUUUCGCGGCCCGUAUUGACAGAAAGCGUAGCCCCCUGCGCGCGAUUAUCGGCGUGAUUGGUUUCUCAUUGAAUUUUCAUCCAGCAGCUCGUGGGAAUGUCGAAGUCAUGAGGAUUGCCGUGUUACGUCCAGUAGUGUACAUCUCGUCUCUAUGGCUAAGGGAAAAUUGAGGGGUUCUGACUCCAACAACAAGAUAACAGCGUCGAAUGCAGCUUUCAAAAAUGGAGAGACAUAUACAUCGGAGUUUGAGAUCAACGAGACGCCACCCAGCGCUAGAACGUUGCUCACCAAGGGUUACAUACAGGAUGAGAUCAAUUCGUAUUCGGGAGCAACCGUGUCAACACGCGGGCGUUUUAUGACAGAACAGGAGAAGCUGCGUUGUCCAAAUGAGAGGCCACUGUAUCUUUACAUACAAGGCCAUGCCAAACACAAUGUCGAUUUGGCGAUACAAAAAAUCAACGAAAUAAUUAAGACGGAACAUCAAAGUUCCUUAAACAGGCCAAGCAGGUUCACAAAUGCUCCACCACCCCUUAUGAGUUUACAUUCCGGAGUUACAACUGUAGAAAAGAUCUGUGUUGGUAUCGAGAAUGCACCACAAGGCUUUGAUUUACGUGGACGUAUAUUAGGCGCUGGUGACGCGAAUUUGUUGUAUAUUAGGGGUGAAACAGGUGCAAAUGUGACUUUAAAGGGUCGGGGAUCUCAGUUUAUCGAUCCAGUUUUAGGAGCGGAAUCUCCAGAGCCACUUCAUCUGUAUAUAGAACAUCCAAAGCCAGAGGCACUGCAGAACGCGAAGCAACUGGCCAUCAAUCUAAUACAAACGAUACAGUCCGAGUUGCAAACUUAUAUUCAACAACAACCGCCACCGGUACAACCUCAGCAAGUAAUAGAGCAAUCGCAAAUACCGCAAACCCAGUUUCAAACUAUGAACAUCGGUACUUUAGGCCAGCCGAAUGUAGUCACGAUACAGCAUCAAGAUAUUAUGCAACAUCCGCAAAGUAAUGUUGUAACAUUGCCCGCAACAAUUCUCACAGCUACUGUGGCUGGUAAUCCGGGACCUGGAGUGUCGGUUCCUCCUCCGGGAGUGCAUAUACCGCCUCAUUCUGGACCGUUAGUUCCACCUCCGCAAGCUCAGGAGAUACAGACCUUCAUGCCGCCGCCGCCGGUCGGACAGGUACAAUUGAUCGGCCCGCCGUCAACAGUUAGUCAGGUUCAGUACCAGAUACAUCCCGGUCAGCCGUUGCAAAUCCAAGGUAUUCAACCGGGAUCGCAGUCGUCGCCGCAGCCCGUCGCGCAAAUGUACGUAAUGAGCCAGCCACCGCCGCAGGGCCCGGCGCAGCCUAGCUUCAUGACGAGCGGCAACGCGCCAGCGAGCGGCGCGGUCUCCUACGUGUAUACGCAGCCGAGUGCGGUGCAACGGCCCGCCACGCCGUCGCAGGGCAUCAUCGAGACUGUCAAUGUCAAUCUGCAGCAACCGCCGCCCGCAGCCGCGCCUCUGAAUAUUACGCAGCAACCGCCUCCGCCUCCCCUGUUACACCUACACUUCCCGCCGCCCAACUUUCCGCCGAAUCAACCGCCGCCGCCCGUGCCGCAGACCUAUCAGAUACAGUAUCAGCAGGUGCAAGCGUCUCCCACGUCUCAGUCGCAGACGCAGUUCGUUCUGCAGCCCGGCGAGCCGAUCGUACCGCCGCAGCUGCAGCAGAAUCACGAGCAGUCGCAGGCAGUUGCUCAGCACAUAAUACCGCCGCAGUUCGAGGGCCACCCGCCGCCGUUCCAUCUGCAGGUGCCGCCGCCGCCGUCCGCACAGACGUUCCUAGUGCCAAACGCUCAGUCGCCGCAGCAUCACGCGCAGCCGCCGCUCCCGCCUGGCAGCGAGAUUCAGCAUCAGCAGGAGGGUCCAGCGGUGGAGCAGGGACCGUUACCGCAACCAGUACCGCCACCGCAGAUCGUGCCGCCGCCGUCGAUCGGCCAGAUGCCGAACUCGAUGAACAUUCUGACCAGCGUGCCGCCACCCACGCAACCACCGCCGCCGCAGAAUGCCGCGCCGUGGUUGUAUCAGGCGCAGCAGCCGCCGCAGCAGAUGCCGCAGCCGCAGGGACAGCUGCAGAUGCAAAUGCCGCCGCAAAAUAUACCUCUUCAUAAUGUACCUCCGCCCCCGCAAGCCCAGAUACAGUAUCAUCCGCAGCACAUACAAUAUCAGAACGGCCACAUACCGACGCAGGUGCAUUAUACGAUGCAGCCGCCGCAUCAGCAGUUCGAUCAGAAGCCCGAUUCGCCGGAGCAGCAGAAAUCACACGGCGUAAAGCGAAGAUUCUCGGACGUUGAGGGAGGUCAGGAACCACCGCCGCCGUAUCAAUGCGCUCCGCUACCUGCGCAACGCCACGGCACAGGAGAAGGUGAUCGACAACAGCAACUCGUGCACGGUCCGUCACCCACACCUGCGGGCGUGCCACAUGGAGAUCGAAACAAGAUGCUAAUGCCACCUCCACAUCCAGGUGAAAAAAGGAACUUGGACCAGAAAGCCAGUGGAUUAGCUUCAGGAAAUGAGCAGAACGUAAUGGCGGAAUCUGGGAAUAUCCACGUCGGAAACGGUCCACCGCCCCUGCCGCCUCCGCCCUCGCCGCAGGCGCCGUGGCAGAAUCAUCAUCCUGUGAGGGUCCCUUGGGGUAGACCACCACCGAUACCGAGGGACGGGGAACCUCCAGCAGUCUGUCCUGGAUUGCCUCCUAUCAACAUGCCUCCACCUCAGAUCAGGCCGAGAGGUCCCGUUGACGGCAACCGUUCUCCAACUCAAAACGCCGUGUUGGAGCAAUCAUUGGGUGUCGAGUACAAUCAGAUGCCGCCGUACACGACGAAGCCGCCGCCCUACAACGCGCAUCCGCUGAUGCAGUCCAUCUGCAAUCCGCCGCCACCGCCGCCGCCGCAUCACCAGCAGCCGCGGCCGCAACACCCCCCGCAGGCGGUGCAGCAUUAUCAGGUGCCAAUCUCGCAGACAUAUCAGCCGCCAACGUCCUGUCCACCGUGGAUGAACUGAGAAAGCUGCGAAGCCGCAGCGGUGCUCCUUGUUCCGGUACCUUGACGGCGAUCGUCAAAAAUGCGGACUUAUCGGAUGCGACGCAGUUUCCGGCGUUCAACGAAAGCGCAAUAAUGUGACAAUGAUGAAGCCACGUGUGAUACGAGCAGCGAUUCGAAAUCACGUUACGCAUCUGCGCUUGAUUGUUCCUUAAAUUAUUACGAUUUAAUGAUCUAUUUGUACUAUAAUGAUCCUCUUAAUGUAGCUGUUACGAUUGAACAAUCUCUUUCUCGACGAGACAAAUUAUCGACUAUGUAAAAAUAUGUACAUGUUUUGAAAAAUAUUUAUAUAUUGUACAAUAUAUUCGAAUCGCGUAUACUAUAGGACAAAGAGAAGUGCUAAGCGCGUGAUUACAUAAUGAAAAUAAACUCCAACUCGGCGCGAUCAGUUACUUAAUUGCGCGCCUCGUUCUUGAUACGCAGCGAGCGUGACUUGUACAGUGCAGUAGAUACGUACACGUAAUCGCCGAGAAAGAUAACAGCGUUAUUACUUCGGUCGGAUAGUUCCGUCAUCGCGCACUCACCGAUGACCACCUGUUUCGUAUUCGCACGCGAGUAAUAAUCACAUUACAUUGUCUCAUCUUUCCUCCCAACGAAAACGUGUAUCAUCUUUCCAUUAUGUACUUCUAGACUAGAUAGGCAUGUACAUGUAUUGCGCGAUAUAUGCGAUUUUUUUAUGCAAGAACCAAUAAUAAAUCGUUAUUGCCAAUUGAA